AUGAACGUUGAGUUCAAGGGAGCGCCUGAAGCCGCGCGAGGUGAAAAGGACCGAGUGGUGACAGGCAUCGUGGACGCGAUGCACAUCCCGGCCACCUCAACGACGACGACGCCAGCGGGCUCUGUGCCCUCAGGCGCAUCGUCUGAGAGCCCUGCGUCGCGCAUCCCUGUCCCGAAGCGCAGACUAGCAGCGUUGACUCAGGGUAAGACAGUGCGUCCCAGACCUCUGAGUGCGCCCACGCCUCUCAACAACCUCGACGAGCUCCGCGCCGCCCUUCCUCUGGUGUCCUCGGCCCAGGUGGGCCAUACUCUUCAGCGCACACCCCGUCGCCGACCUUUGCCAACCCCGCCACCACCCGUUCCCUCGGAGGGCACUGGCCACAGCUCCCCUGUCGCGACUCGGCCACGCUUCAUCCCGCCCCUGCCUCCUAUGUACCCACUUCCAUAUGGGACCCCUUUCCUUUCCGCUGCACCUUCGCGACGCAGGCCGAAGGAACAGACACGUGUCAUUGAAGACUACAGUCCUCGGAAGGGAAAGUGGGAGCAGGCUUCGGGCUAUGUGAACGGCGUGUCCGAGGCGUGCCACAAAGGUUACCGCAGCUACGACGAGGCGGUGGCUGCGUUCAAAAGGGCAGAGGAUCGAGGCGAUGUAAAGGUGCAACCGGGCCCGAUCACUUCAACCUCCAGCGACGCUAUGGGUCGACGCGCGAAGUACUACACUGACGCCGAGAGGAAGGCAGCGAAAAACAUGGCGCGAAAGAGGUAUGACGGGACAGUUGCGAAAAAGGAGUUCUUUCCGAGCCCUUUUCUCGGCUGGGACCCGUCGACCCUGCCGCCGCAAGUGCUAGUACUGGCUCGCGAGCCGUUCAAAUCGCUUGGGCCUGUAGAGGGCUUGGAUACGAGUGACCUUGGCCUUCAUGAGAGACCAUUCAAGUGGUUGGCCCCAGAGCACGACGUACUGCAGGAGAGUGGUGAAGGAGGUAGCGUCUUGGCUGCUGAGCGAGCUCUGCGCGAGCUCAAUGGCAGGCAAUUGGGGUUCAUGGUCGAGACGGGCUUUCAGAGGAUGAAGGAGAGGAAAGCCGUGGGCAGGGCUGGGAUGGCCGACCUUGUGUCUGCAUUGGAGAGCGAAGUGAAGGAGAGGCUUCGGGCUUGGGAGUUCACGGCGCAGGCUAAUGUGGUGGUGGAUCGUACAGUAUAUGCGAACAUCGCCCGCGAUGUGUACUUACACUGGGGUGCGAAACACAUAUGCUGUUUAGCAAAGGAGGUGGAGACCAUUCGUGCAGGCGUCGUGCGGCUCGAAGAGCUGGAAGUCGAGGGAGGAUUAGCCUGGCAAUGUAUGAAUAUAGUCACAGACUAA